AUGUAUUGGUUUAUGCCCGCGAAUACGGGCGAUGAUGAUGCAGGGUCAAAUCAGCCUGCGCGCACUGCCGCAGUACCUCUCAAGUCCUUCGGCAAGUCCAAGCCAGCGCUACCCCAACGUCUCAUUCGGAGCUCCCAGACGCUUGUUGAAGUCGGUAAUGGAUCCGAGGUUGGAGAUCUGCUAUCAAAAACAACUCCAGAGCUACCUAUGUCCAAGGAGGAGACUACUCUGUAA